ACGUACGAUAAAGGCGUGUCGAAAUCGUUAGGAAAGUCACUUCAUUCUUUCUGGCUGGAAUUAGUGUUCCGCGUUUGUAAAAUCAUUCAAAAGCUCUGUGGUAUUCAUAAGGAAUCGUGUUUCCUUAAGGAAAUUGCGGAGUACAGUUCCAAUACGUUUGUUGUGUGAAGUGAUCUUUGCUGUAUUGCACAGAGACUUUAGUUCAUUCUCCUUUCGUUCUUCUUCACACUGCCUUUGUGAAAUUGAUCAAGAUGGCGUCUGGAGUGAAAGUAGCAGAAGAAACCGUGGAGGCUUACAAAGCCAUGAAGCUGCAGAAAACAAACAACAGAUAUUUAAUUAUGUCUAUUGACUUGGCUGCUGGUCUCAUCAAAGUGGUUGCUUCAAAAGAAAAGAUGAAGGAUGUGGAUCAGGAAGCGGAAUAUAAUGAUUUCCUCGCCCAGCUACCCUCCGAUAGUGGCCGGUACUGCAUUGUCGACCUGACCAUUCCCCAAAAGAACGGAGCCAUGAAAGAUAUACUGUUCCUGAUUACGUGGUGUCCCAACGAAGCUACGACGAAGUCCAACAUCCUGUACACGACGUCCAAGCGGGAGCUGCUGAACAAGAUCCGUGAGGGCAUGAUCGACCUUCAGGCCAACGACCUCUCGGAUCUGCAGUAUUGUGAGCUUCUAGUCAGGGGUUGCAAGUAGACCUGCACCGCAAGACAGAGUGACCUGUGCAUGGACAAGACAAGGCUUGGCUGCGGGCUGGACUUGAGAACUUUAUUUUUCAAAAUGACUGAGAACGCUGAACAAGAAGGAAGUUAAAAAAGGGGAAAAGUGUGUUCAUUAACUCAACAACUGAGGAUGUUUGGAUCUCCAGGUUGAACGCGAGGCUUUUGAUUUAGAACUACCACAAAUUUUAUAUAAUGCAUCAUUUAGAACAGCUGAGACACUGUUUUGUUUGCCGUUUGGAAUUGACUGGAAGUUUGUUUGUCGUUUGUUGUUUUUCUUUUUAAUGCAUUGGAUGUUUUUUUCCUUUGGGGGGGGGGGGGUCAAGAUGCAGGAAAACAUUACUUUUGAUGAGUUUUGUGGGCACUUUAUUGAAGCGACAGUUUUUGUGCGUUUUACAGCAACACAUGUAAGGAAGAAGUCUUGGUCUCUGUGUGAGUAAAUGAGGUCAGAAGUCUGAAAGCCGACUCCUAGGGGAGGCUGGUCGAGGCAACAUUUGGCAAAACCAGCACCUUUUUUUAAAAUACGGACUACAUCUUUUAUACAAUUGUAAGCUAUCACAGAAUUAUGUCUCUCUGCUUUAUUUUCUGUUGAAAAUUUUAGUGGCCAUGUCAGAAUUGUGUCUAGCAAAUGUUUAUUUAUUUUGCACACGGUUUUCUAACUUUGUUUGAAAGUUUUACGAGUUAAUUCACACCAUAAAGACAUUUUUAAUGCAGUUUCUCUACGAGUCUGUUGUCAGUAGCCAGUUUGUCUACGAGUCUGUUGUCAGUAGCCAGUUUCUCUACGAGUCUGUUGUCAGUAGCCAAGAAUGAAAGGCCCCCUGUUCUGUUUCAUUUCCUUCAGCUGAUAGUUCUUGAUCUCCGUACUUCUUGGGAGGGAGAAAACUAAAAACCAAACAUUAACUAAGAAGAUAAUGUCAAAACCAUGUAAGUUACAUUGAUUAACAUUUCUACCUGCGAGCUCUCAUUCCUGAAUUUGUUACAGUGAACUUUGGGAGGUACAAAAGAAUCAAAAGAAAGUUACUUGAGGCUUUUCCGUACCGCACAGCGCGCGUGUGGUUGACAAAAGUUCUUUCUCUCUGUGCACAGCUCUGCUGGUGUUACUUAGUGCUCACUCAUGUAUAUUGUGACACUACCGUUUGUCGGCACGUCGAGAUCUCUAUUUUUGUGUGGAUCGGUACGUAAAAACACCUACUUGAAAAAAGAGAAAGAAAAGAAAGAUCUAUAUAUUUACUGAAUGGAGUAACAUUCACAUUUUUGGAAACCACUUUUUUUAUAAAACAAAUUUUGCACAGUUGUCAUUCAUAAUAAUUGUUUGUGUCUCAUUAUAGACAGGGGAAAAUGGUGCUUUAAUUUCAGUAACUUGUUUUAGCCUUUUAAACUUUUUAUCAUAUAAAGUGAAUUGUAGUCUUUGGAGUUGAUGAAGCCAAAGAAUUUACCAAGAGCGCUUUCAUUGGCUUCUUUUUUACCUGUCCUUCACAUGAAAUGUAGAGCUGUAGUAUUUUUAUACAUAUUAUAAUUCCUUUUGCCACUUUUAUAUUCAAGCCAGCGAGGGGCACGUGGAUUCUGCUUGUGUGGGUGAUGAGUGCUGUGUGUGUUUACUGGAUUAUUUUUUUUGCAUAAAUAAACCACAUACAGUGUGGUGUACUCCAAUCCUUUGGUCUCAGAUCUCCUCAUCCUUGAGCUGGGGCUCGUGAAGUUACACAAGAAAUUGCUCAAUGGGUACCCCGUCUGUUCUUGCCGCUUUUUUUUUUUUUUCCACCCUGCCCCCCUUCUUGCAUGCCUCUGUAUCUCCCCAUCCUCUUCACCUUUUUGGGGAGGAGGAGGAGGGGAGUGCUCAUCACACUUGUCCAUGAUCACAUGCGUCGGUUCAGCCUCUCUGAAGAAACAGUUCAAAUAGUCCCUGUGCCCCUUUCACUACAAAGUUAACACCACAAGCUGUAGAAACCCUCAUUAUAUAUAUCCUUUUGACAAGCCAUGUUAAGAAUAUAUUCAAGUCUUGAAAGUGGUGGGGUCAGAAUCCCGCCUCCUAAAUUAUAUUUUAAAUGUGUCGAUGGGGGAGUAAAAACGACUUUCUUUCUCUAGCAGAAUGUGGAUUGUGCUACAGAUGGCGCAUGUCGUGUAGACUUUAAACUUUUCCCCUUUUUUGGGGGGAUAUUCAUGGUAGUACAUUACAGCACAGGUUGAUGGAGUCAGUGGUUGGCUUCACACUGUCAUGCUGGUGACUAAAGGGUAUUUUUUUGUUCCACACACUUUUCUGUAUAAAUUUACAUUGGCGAUCUUGUCAUAAGCUUGCACCCAUUCUAAUAUUUUUAUACACCUAUCACGAAAUUUAAAAAACAAACAGAAACCAUUGCCAGCAUCAUCAGAAUUUUUAAAAGGCAAUUUUUUAACUUACUUUAAAAUGUGCUGGGUAUUACAUUGGGGUGAUUCUUCAGUUAAAUAAUUGUAUUCAUCCCCUUUGUUUCCCAUCCUUCGUGUAAAUAUGCGGGCUGAUCUGAGUCAUUACUUGUGCUCUUGUAAAUUUUUUCACAGUCUGUUCAUAUCCACGCGAGA